GUAAAUGUAAGUAAAAACCUAUUAAAUUUUUCAGGUAUUACUAUUAAAAUUUGGGUUAUGUUGGGGGAUCAAAAACAUGUCUUACCAUUUUAUGUAUAUUUUGUUUUGGGUUAUUGAUUGUGUGGAAGGGGAUUUUGGGUUUUAGAACUAAAGGUUUGUUUUUUUGGCUUGUGUUUUGAAGGUAUUGCAAGUGUGAGAUGCCAUAUAACCCGGAUGACCUCAUGGUACAAUGUGAAGGGUGCAAGGAUUGGAAUUAUCAGUUAUGUGAUCUCACCACCUGCAGAAUGAGUGGCCUAAAGGGUGUUAGAAAGUUGUAUCAUCCUGCUUGUGUGGGCAUGACCAUCGAAGAAGCAAAGAAAUUAGAUCAUUUUGUGUGUUCAGAAUGUUCAUCUGAUGAUGAUAUGAAGAAACCGCAAGCUACAUUUUAUGCUCGCCAGGAGCCGAUGGCAAGGUGGAGCCCAAGCGGCGAAAGAGAUGACCAUAAUGCAGUAGAAACCUUGUUUGGAGGCGUGAGUGACUCUUGCUGAAUUUGGGUGGCACUCUAUGGUAGCUUUUGUGUGUUGUACAGCUUCAUCUAGAGGCUAUGAACAUUUCAUUAUGUAUCUGACUUAGCUUAUAUUAUGUAUCUAUUGGUCGUAGAUUUUAUAACUGUGACAUUCCCUCAAGUGAAUUCCGAUCCAAGUGUUUAUUAUUCUUCA